GCGUGUGCGCAUGUGUUUGUUUGUUGGGAUGUAGAAGCUCCCCCGCAUCAGUGCAUGGGUUUUGAUGUGCAGCUGCACGAAGAAGAAACAGAAGAAGAAGAAGAAAUAGAGGAUUUUUCAUAAUAAAAGCUGCAGAUUGGAGAAAUCCGACCACACCAGGUGACAUCAUGAGCAAAGUGCAGGGCGGGAUGAAAUGCGUGAAAUACCUGCUCUUCGUUUUCAACUUCAUCUUCUGGCUGUCAGGGCUGCUGGUGCUGGCCGUGGGACUCUGGCUCAGGUUUGACCCAGAAACAGUGGAGCUCCUGACGGGCGAUGAAGCCCCCGACACCUUCUUCAUAGCUGUGUACAUCCUUCUCGGUGCCGGAGGGUUGAUGAUGGUCGUUGGGUUCUUUGGAUGUUUUGGGGCCGUGCGUGAGUCUCAGUGUCUUCUGGCAUCGUUCUUCGCUUGCCUCCUGAUAAUCUUUGGAGCGGAGAUCGCCGCUGGUGUGUUUGGAUUCCUGAACAAGGAACAGAUUGUUGAGGAGGUCCAGAAGUUCUACAGCAGCUCCAUUACUGACACCACCAACGUGAACGGCACGGCCAUCGCACUGAUCUACCACAAAACUUUAAACUGCUGUGGAGGUUCCAUGUCCGAUGUGUCUAAUGACCUCUGUGCAGACGCUCCAAGUGACACCCAGGACUGUCUGAGUGCAAUCACAGACUUCUUCAAUGAAAAGCUGCACAUCAUCGGAUACAUCGGCAUCGGGGUCGCAGGCGUAAUGAUCAUAGGGAUGAUCUUCAGCAUGGUUCUGUGUUGUGCCAUCAGGAACAGCAGGGAGGUUAUAUAGAUGUCCGUCCUGAUCUGGUCGGGAGGGUUUUCCUGUAUAUUCACAAAUUCAAGUCCGGCACAUCCCAGCUCUCCCAGUUCCUACUGGGCCACGUUCGACACGUCCACAUGCCGGAUCGUCCCCUUUACACCGUCCUUCUCUUCCUCAGCUUCACCGAUUUUGUUUUUCACUUCCCUGUUUCUCUACCGUAACACACACGCUCUGCUUUCGGCACGACUCUGUGACAUUCCCUGGUUACUACACUGCUGCUGCCCCACCGACACAGUGCAGCACACAAAAGACACCGACUCUGCCAGGAAUGUUGUGUAUUUGCUGUAAAUAUGGACACCGGUUUUGUGCACCUGCUGUUAACAUGAUAUAUUCUGUGCCCUUUGUAUGUUUUUACGUCAUUUAGAGGCCGGCUAAUGCCAGUCAUACGUUUGUGUGCUUAAAUGUUUGGAGGACGAGCCGCCCUUUAUGAUUCAAUUUCCAUCACGUGCCUAUUGACUCACACACACACACAAACACACACACAGACACAUGCACACACACAUAAGCCUCCAGCCACUGUACUAUAUACCUGUUCCAUGUGAUCUGUGAACAUAACGACUUGUGCUUUGCUCCCUGCCUCAGAUCUGUUGCUAAACUUCAAAAGCACAAUAGUGGAAGUGUAGAGGUGAUGUAUCAACCCAAAGGGUUCCGGAAGGUCUCAUGAUAAACUGACUGUAAAUGUCCAAAUCCAAUUGUAAGGUCAUUGAUCGACGCCUCAUCCUGUGUGAACUGUAACAGUGAGCUAGUUUUUGCAUUCUGUGUGUGAACUCGAUCUUGUUGGUUUGCCAAUAAGACGUGAACUGUAGAGUAAUAUAGUGGAAGUCGCACUGUUUAACUGAAUAAAACAACACCCGGUGUUUUUA